CUCUCUCUCUCUCUCUCUCUCUCUCUCUCUCGCUCUCUCUCCUCUCUCUCUCUCUCUCUCUCUCUCUCUCUCGUGGACACACACCCAGCACGAACACAAGCUUGGUGACGUGAGAAAAAGUCAUUAUGUCUUCUACUAUGUACGGCAUCGUUCACAAGGAAGUAAAGAAAAGGCCAUUCGACACUUUCAAACUGAUUUUCUUCCGAGAGGGCAAGGAAGAAAAUGAUGAAAACAGCGAGGAAGAGAAGGAAGACGAGACCCUCAAAGUGGUCUAUGUUCAGGAGGACAAAGAAGACAAUGGAAGCGAUGAGGAUGAAUCAGCUCCACUCAUUUCAUCAACCAGAGAAGAUAUCCGUCCUAGAGUUGGCAGGAUUGAUUGGUGUCGAUGUGAUAACUGCGUGAGGAUGCCAUUUGAGGACGAGUGUAGUUGCUGUCAGGAGGAUCUGGAAGUGUGGAAUAAAGUUAUUGAAGGUCACAGAGGCAGAACAAGUGGUCCCCCGUCAUGCGUGGUUGAACACCCCUACUUCGCUACCGUCUGCGUUAACCCCUACGCUCUACAGGCCCUCUACAGCAGGGAUAAGAGACUCUUCGGUGUGACGGAUGGACCACUGCAUGAGAAGUACCGCAUCACCUCCUACCGCGCCUUCGUCGAGUACUUCCACGGGAGGCUACAGGGUCGUGUUAGUGUCCGUCUGCCCUCCUGCGCCUUCUCCACCAUCAAAGGGGUCUUCUCUGAGCACGCCUUCGACGUUCGUGUCCCAGGGUACUGUCCUAUGUGAGGCGCCAGGCUGGUAUACAUAGUGUAAAUAAAUUCCUUCUACAAUACUCUCUGUUUUGAACGGCUUUGAACUAUUCAUCGGAGUUCAUUUCCCAUUGCAACUAUGCUGAUCGCCCUUUGAAGUGUUCAUAGAUGUUCAAAUGUUGUUAAUAUUUCUGUGUGCAUCGAUAUAAUUCGUCUUUAUGUGGUUCGAUGGUGUUCAGUCAUUGUGAACUGUUCAGCAGUGUUCAGAAUCAAACUUUUCAUCAGUAUUAGAAUCUUCUGAACUGUUCAUUGAAGUUCACAUGCUCUAAAAUGUUCAAUGCUGCUCACUUGUUCUGAACUUUUCACUAAUGUUCACAUGUUCUGAAUUGUUCACUAGUGUUCACAUGUUAUGAACUGUUCACUGGUGUUCACAUGUUCAGAUUAAAAUAUAUUUUUAAUUAAAAGCUCUACAAUAUUCACACUAUACUAUAUUAUACUAGAAAUAAGAACUGUACAAUUAUGUUCAAACUAUCAUGUCGCCAAAUCUGAACUGCAUUAAGGUGUUCAGUGUUAUGUCCUGUACUCUGGGCUGUAACAAUACAUGAUUACAUAUUU